AUGUCCAUGCCGUUUUCCCCGACCACGGCCGUGUUGGCUACCACUCUGGACAUGGUUCGACUCUUUCUUAUCCUCUACGGCCGCAUGUGCCUCAGAUAUGAGCCGGCGACUUCUAGCGAACGGUGCUUAUCGUCCAAAUCUCUGCUUCCUGUCAGUCUCACGGCUUCUACUCUAGCGAGCAAACAGACUGUGUUUCAUCUUUCCAGGGAACGAACGGAUGACAAAUUUAGUUUGGUUAGAUGGUUUCGUUUCAAAAUGGAUAAACUUGAUUUCACACAGAGGCUGUAUAGUGUAGGCCAGGAACCUUUUCCGAAUAAAAGCAUUGCCUACUACAGCGAUGACAGCAAGCUCUUCCCUGCUCUUAAAGAAGCACUCGAGGCAGAUGAAUGGGAGGAGCUCAAGAACUCGAGAGUAGGAGUGUUCUUAAAGUUCCACGAAAUGAAGUUUGGAUGGGCUUCAAGGCUGGUGCACUAUAUACUGUAUUUUCAGCUUAACUGCAAGAAGAAGUUUGAGUUGUGGAGUCUCGUAGGUGUUGAACCAUUGAGGUUUUCUCUGCAUGAAUUUGAAGAGAUAACUGGCCUGAACUGCGAGUAUGUGAAGAAUCUCGAGAAUCCGUUGGUUGAGGUAACGACUGACAUGAAAGCAUUUUGGGCGCAGAUGGGAGUGAAUUUCGACCGGGGGCCAAGUAUUGAUGAAUUAACUACAGCGUGUCAGAUGUGCAGAACAUGGUCUCGAGAUGAUCGGCUGCGUUUAGGGUAUCUAGCCAUCUACGCUGGCUUCAUCGAAGCAGCAAGAACCUCGCCACCCACACGGGCUAGCCUGACUAGGUUAGUGAUGGAUCUAGAUGCUUUUGAAGAUUAUCCGUGGGGAAGAGUAGCCUUUAAAUUCUUGAUGGAGUCGGUGAAGGGUGUAGACUUGACAAAGACGUAUGCUAUUGAAGGCUUUGUUCAGGUUCUUCAAGUCUGGGUCUACUGUUGUCUCCCUGAAUUUGGAGCUGGGUUUGGUCACCCUAUAGAAGGUUCUCCGACCCCACCUCUACUUGCCUUCUUAGGUGGCAAAGGCAAGAGAAGGCUCCAGGAGAAUAUGCUGAAACAGACUAGGACUAAGAACUUUACUAUGAAGGAUUACUCUGAAAUGUUCCCUCGCUGGGAUGGUGAGCUGGAAGAUGAGAAGGCUGAUAACAUAGUGAAGGCAGUGUUUUCUUCAGGCUGGGCAUGGGAACAAAGUCACUGGCCUCUCGUCGGAACAAAACUGUGGACAAAUGUGAAGGUGGAGAUCCUUCCGAUGAAGACGGAAGCUGGUCAGAUGGUGCGAAGCUUGAAGACAGUGUCCCCUUCUCGCACACAGUCUGAUGCAGAAUCACGCAAGAAGGCUCGUGAGUCCCCUGGCCUGGAUGUGGAGACCAUGAAAGGAGAAAUAGUUCGUUGGCUAACUGGCCUGACUUCUAAUAUGGUUGAGGGGCAGAGCAGAUGCGAGAACACUCUGAAGACACAAUCCCGCAUGAUUGAGGGCCUUACAACUCAGGUGGGAGCUGUUGAGAAGAUGGUGCGUGAAGGUUGGAAGGAAGACCACACCAAAGCUGAUUCAUCUACUGAUGUACCUGAGGCAAACAAAUCUGAUGGAGACAAAGCUAAGAAGGACAGCGCUGAAGAAAGCAAAGGUGAUGAAAGCGAUGAAAGCAAAGGUGAGGAAAGCAAAGGUGAGGAAAGCAGAGCCGAGGAAAGCAAAGCUGCGGAAACAGCUCCCAAAGGAAUGACAACAAGAGCCAAAGCUAGAGACACCCAAGCCACUGUGAGUGAGAGUGAAAAUGAGAAUGGAGGCAUAAGUGUUGUUGUAGUAGAUAAAGAACAAUCAUGCAUUGAAUAUGGUUCUGUGAAAAAACUGAAACAAGUUGGUAAAGUGAGAGCUGCUCGCAUUGUGGCCCGUGCUAAAAGUGAGCGGCAACGUAGGCUUGCUGCAACUCAGCAGUCUCCUUUUGAUGGAAACAACACGGAAAAGGUUAUUAUACCUAACCAGCCGAAGCAAGGCCAGGGAUAUAACCCAUUUGCUAAUCCUGAUCGCCAGAAGCUCUCUGCUCUUCUUGAUUGGGUGAAACUUGACCCCAAAUGGCGACAGAAGGUCAAAGGUUCUUCAAGUCAUUGGUUCUACAUACUACUAACUCCUACAAAAUGGUCGAUUGACACGCACAUGGAUGCUGGCAUUAAUCUCUUAAGGCUCCGAUACACAAAGCACCCUGAAUGGUUUAGGUCCGACAGAUUUUGCAUUUUGGAUGCUGUAUUUACUCAAAUGUGGACAGCAAAGUACUCAGAGUUUCUGGCCUCUCCUGCCAAUCCUGACGGCUCAGGUAAACUACUCCCUCCUGGCGCCUUAGACUACUACACAGGAGAGGAACCAGCGUAUAACAGAUCAAAUAAGACAUGGGCACUGGAGAUUGAUGAUAUAUAUGUGCCAUUAUUGGUUAAGAACGAUCAUUGGGUAGCUUGCUGGAUAUCAAUCCCGAGGAGACGCAUAGUGAUUUGGGAUAGUUAUCUUGCUUACGCUACGGAUGCAGAAAUUGCUAAGGCCGUGAAGCCUAUUGCACACAUGCUGCCGUAUAUGCUGCGUAUGUUAUCUACCGGUGCGGAGAGGGAGUUGUACACAGUUGAUUUCACACAUGAGCGUGAAUCUGGGGUGCCACAAAACAAACAAAGUGGUGACUGUGGAGUGUAUUGCUUGAAGUAUAUAGAAUGUCAUGCACUUGACAUGCCAUUCCCACCUCAUGAGCUGUGUGAUAAGAAGAUCAAGACAAUCAGGUCUCAGAUGGCGAGUGAGAUAUUUGAUGAGACCAGGAUAAACGGCACAGAGAAACGUGAUUACAAGCAUCUCGGUCUCUAUGACUAA